GCUCGCGCUAGUGGUGGUGACGACGGUGGUGGUGGUCGCGGAGCUGGCAGAACUCCCUCGGUCAAUUUUCAUCCAGUAUGGCGCUACGCGCCUCGUCACGACCGGCGCUGCGGCAUGUUGCCAUAAUACCGCGGCAUCGUCGCAAACGGUACCUCCUGGGCCACUUCGAAAUCGGCACCUAAUAGAAGGGUGCAAAAGCCAGCGUAACGGGUCGAAUUACACCCAUGUGUACACCAGUGCGUCUAUUUUUUCUCACUUUUGAACCCGCAACGCGAAUCGAAUAGUUCCAACCGCGUCCGGAUUGAACGCCGUGAGUUUAAUGACCGCGUCAUGGAGACGCGGGGCCGCCGGAGGACAGUUUCAGGAAUAAUCCACCAGCUGCGGACGGUUUUCAAGAACCCGGGCUUAGGGCCGCUGGAGUCACCUGCCCAGAUUCGCGGCUCGUUAACCGCGCGGAAUUUAUAAUGGCACAUCAGUAAGUCACUCGCUUACUCAGCGGCUGUGAUCGUAUUCCAUGAACAUGGUCUCUGCGCUUCGUCGACACAGCUGAUGGUGCAUACGGGGUGAAGAAGCCGCGGGACAGUACGCGAAGCAGUUUCAGCGAGGCUCGAAGAAUACGAGGAAAAAUGGCCUGUCCGUUCUCUCGGCGACACGUGCCGGCGACCGGUUGCGGCGAUCAGGAGGAACGGCGACCCGGGGAUCACAAUCAUCGAACAAGACCGACGAGACAAUCGUCCGUGCAAAUCACGUCCUUCGUCGGCGACGACGUCGACGACCAAGAAAACACGCAGACCCUCAACCUGAAGCACCUAAGAGCGGCGGUCCUCGUUCUUACCAAUCCCUCGAACGAGGCUAUCGCGACGGCUCUUGGCACGGUGGUGAGAAAGGAAAAGCUGCCGCAAUCGACGUCGACCGCCUUGAACAAAUUACUCGACAACCCCGAUACCGAUGUUAACUACAGCCUUCUUCAGGACAUCUACGAAACCCUGAAUUGCAGUUGCGACACGGAUGUAAAUACCUUCCUGGACGAAUUGGGCCAGGAAUUAAUAGCGACGGCGUGCGUCGGAAUCCUGGAGCGAGCCUUUCGGUGCCUGGGUGAUGAUUUGUCCACCUUUCUAACGACCCUCGACGGGGUGAACGACGUCGUUCAGCAUCAGUCGGGCUCGGAAAACGAGGCCGAGUUCGUCUGCACGGAUAACCGAGGAGCCCUCGAGCUGCACUUCACCACCGAACACCCGCCGGUUGCUUACCUUUUGGUCGGCAGCCUGAAGGGUAUCGCGAGGCAGUUCUACAACGACAAAGCCGACGUCCGCGUUCUACCCGACGCUUACAAUUCGAAAUUCUUCAGAUAUCGAAUAACACCGGAAAGAUACGAAAAGACGGCGGGGAACGAGCCGGAUGACGAAGAAGAGGACGAGGAGGAGGAGGACGAUCGAGACGUCGUAUCGGGCGGCUUCGAACCUUUGUCAAAGCACGCGUCGGACCUGAUGGUCGGCGUGACGAGUUUCUGCAAGGCUUUUCCCUGGCACUUCGUCGUCGACCGACGCCUCGAGCUUGUCCAGCUGGGCGCCGGUUUCAUGCGGAUAUUCGGGCACCUCUUCAACAGGCUCGGAAUGGACAUAUCGACCUACUUCGUCUUCAGCCGUCCGAGAGGCGUGACGAUCAGCUUUCACGAGAUCCUGAAGCGCGCCAACACGCCGUUCGUUCUGACGCUUCGGAAGCCGCCGGGGGUUGAAAAAUUCGCGGCCGAGGGUCUGGAGCUGAAAGGUCAGAUGGUGCACUGCCCGGAAUCGGAUUCCAUCCUGUUCGUCAGCUCGCCGUUCCUCAACGGCCUCGAGGGCCUGACUGGCCGCGGCCUCUUCAUCUCGGAUAUUCCGCUCCACGACGCUACCAGGGACGUGAUUCUGGUCGGCGAGCAGGCCAGAGCGCAGGACGGCCUGAGACGACGCAUGGAUAAAUUGAAAAGUUCCAUCGAGGAAGCGAACCGUGCCGUAGACGCCGAGAGGGAGAAGAACGUCAGUCUGCUCCACCUUAUCUUCCCGCCAGACAUAGCGAAGCGUCUUUGGCUGGGGGAGCCGAUCGAAGCUAAGACCUACGCCGACGUCACGAUGCUAUUCAGCGACAUCGUCGGCUUCACUGCCAUUUGCUCAACCGCCACCCCGAUGAUGGUCAUCAACAUGCUUCAGAAUAUAUACGAGAAAUUCGACAUAUACUGCGGCCAGCUGGACGUCUACAAGGUCGAGACGAUCGGUGACGCCUAUUGCGUCGCCUGCGGACUCCACAGGAACACGAAAACGCACGCUCAGCAGAUCGCCUGGAUGGCCUUAAAGAUGAUCGAGACGUGCUCUCGGCACCUGACGCACGACGGCCGACCAAUAAAGAUGAGAAUCGGCAUUCACACGGGGACGGUGCUCGCGGGUGUCGUUGGUAAAAAGAUGCCACGCUACUGUCUUUUCGGGCACAACGUCACGCUGGCGAACAAAUUCGAGUCAACCAGCGAGCCUCUGAGAAUCAACGUCAGUCCGACGACCUAUCCAUGCCUGACGGAGAGAGCCGGUUUCAUCCUGGAACCAAGGACCAAAGACAAUCUACCGAAAGAAAUACCGGCCAGUUUACCGGGUACGUGUCACUUCUUGAACGGCUAUAAACACGGGGAUGUCGAGGAUGACGCCCCCCUUGACGAUCACGUAAACGCGGCCCUGGAAGAGUUGGGCAUUUGCAACGGCACGUAGAAAUCGACCUGCCCCCGACAUUAUACAUACCUACAUGUAUACACCUACGCAAUAUUUGUACAGCUAUCAAGAUCGUACAGUACCAAGGGUUGUUACGCGUAUAUCUGUACUACAUGUAUAUACAUAAGAUAUGUAUGUCAUACUAUAUUAUGCAAGGAUAAUUCUCAACUAAUGCACCACGCUAAAUUAUACUAUCAUAGACUCACACCGUCGUAUGUAUGUAUACACAUUAUGUACUAUUAUUAGGUAUACCGUGUCGCUAAUACAACAAUAACAAUAACAAUAACAAUAACAAUAAUAAUAGUAAUAAUAAUAGUAAUAAUAAUAAUAGUAAUAAUAAUAAAAAUAAUAAUAAUUCAUAACGACAACGUUACGGUGUUAUGUAAUGAUAAAUAUCCAGCGAUUGAGUUGACAUUGGAAAAUAAUUAAUGACGGAUGAACAAUGAUACCGCAAGUAAUAUAUACAGUAACGAUAAUUUGGACAAAGCAUAGAAAAAAAAUUAAAAAAUCAAAGCAAGAAUAUUACGUGUAAGCGUAGGCAAUAAAUCAGCGUAAGUUUCCCUUAUGGAAAAACUGUAAGGCCAGAUUAUAAUUGACGUGAAGAAAUAUUGCAAAUAUGUUAUAUUAUAUGCCGAUACUAUUUAUACGCAGAGUUUUACGGUAAAUGGAUAUUGUAUAAUGUAUAAAUGAUAUUAUUAUGAAUAAAAUGUGCAAACACUGA